ACACCGGGAUUCCAGCCCAAUGCCUGGGGCUGCCAGCCGUCCCACCUUUCGUAUCCUUUGGAUUCCUUGGACCAGCAGACAGAGAGCAGCCUCUACAGCUCCUGUUGCUAUGAUGAUACAGCGAGAUCAUUUUCCGCUGCUGCAGCCGUAGCAGCGGUCGCGGCGGCAUAUAUAAACUCCUCAAAUGUUGCCUCCUCCUCCUCCUUCUCAUCCAGCUACUUCCAACCGAGGACAUCGGAGACUAAGCAAUUUAUCAAUGAGUCGACCGAAAAUCAGAGGAUUUCUGGUAGUAUGCAAGAUCGAAAUAAGUGA